AUGUGGUACGUAGCUUCUUCUAUGACGAACAAUACUGGCAAACAAAUCCUCAACGUCUUUCGAUUUCCAGUGACUUUGACUUUUAUCCAAUUUGGUUUGGUUGCUUUAUGUUGUUUUACAGCAGCUCGAUUAUUUGGUGCUACUCAUAUCCGAAAACCAACGACUGAUAUCACUAGGACAAUUGUUCCUCUAGCUGUCUUUUUGAUCGUAGGUCAUGUAUUCUCUAGUAUUGCCAUCAGUCGAAUUCCUGUUAGUUUGGUGCAUACGAUUAAGGCAUUGGCACCUUUAUUUACAGUUUUAUUCUAUCGGGUGAUUUUUCAAGUCAGUUAUACAAAAAAUGUGUAUGUAUCAUUAUUACCUUUGACAUUGGGUGUGAUCUUGGCCUGUUCAUUUACAUUCUCCAACAACAUGGUGGGAUUAGCAUGUGCGCUUGGAUCAUGUUUUGUAUUUGUGACGCAAAAUAUCUUUAGCAAGAAAAUCUUAUUCAAGGAAUCCAAACUAGGUGAUCGUAAUCCAAACAAACUUGACAAGAUGAAUGUGCUCUUCUAUAGUUCCUCCAUAUCCUUUUUAUUGAUGAUUCCCCUUUGGUUAUAUUCCGAUGGUAAAGGACUCUUUGGUAGUAGUGAUGAUACAAGUAAUGUUGGUACUUCAACGGAUAUUAGUAUGGCUCGAUUGAUUUAUUAUUUCUUUUUGAAUGGAACAAUGAACUUUGGACAAAACUGGUUUGCUUUCACCACUCUAUCAUUGACUUCUCCUGUGACUUAUUCGAUCUUAUCACUGUUGAAACGAAUCUUUGUGAUUGUGAUGAGCAUUGUUUGGUUUGGUCAACAGGUGACUUGGACCCAAUCCUUUGGUAUUCUAUUGACUUUUGUGGGUCUCUGGUUGUAUCAAAAAGCGAAACAAGACGUGGAUCGUGGGGAACGAGAAAAAUCAAUGGAAAUGUUGCCAACAUCAUUAGGAAAUGGAAAUGAUAGUAUCAAAAACUUGUAA